AUGCUCCGGAGAAAUCCGCCAGGUUUUGUAAAUGAUGGAGGGAAUGAAACCAAUGAUCCCACGUUACUUGUUGGCAUGAAGUUCGGAAUAGAGGAUAAAGAAAAGCUUUGUAAAAAUGAACCAUGUCAGCCACCCGAAUCCGUUCUAUCUGAGAGAAAAAAUAAAAUUGGAGAACGUAACCGGUACUGCUCGCAGGCGGUAUUCUUUCACGAAGAUCAAACUAGGUGCAAAUGGCUUUCAUACUCGCUAAGUAAGGAUCGUCUAUUCUGCCUCCCAUGUCUCCUAUUUUCAGAUGAAUGUUUAAGAGGCGAAAACACAUGUCACAACCAAGGAAAUGCUUUUACGAAUGCUGGGUACUUGAACUGGAAGAAACAGUACAGUAAUAUCACAAAGCACGAAAAGUCCGAAAGUCAUAUAAAUGCCAAGAUUGCUCAAGUUGUCUUUUUGCAAGGACAAUCAAUCUAUUCAUGCUUGAAGCAACAAGAAAAGACAGAAAUUUUGCGUCGGAAGAGAGAAGUCGUGGCAAACUGCAGUAUUAUGGAACGCGUUGUCGACACUGUUGCACAUUUGGGAAAGCAGGGACUUGCUUUCAGAGGGCAUCGAGAGUCGCUAAUUGAUGACCCAGAAGCAAAUAAAGGAACUUUUCUAGAGUCGCUGAAUUACCUGUCAACCUACGAUAUAACAACUGCGAAUCAUCUUGAAAAGGUUAGAAAUCAACAAGCUAUGUCGAGAAGAAAGGGCAGGAAAAAAGGUGCCAAAAAGGACGGGGUUUGA